GGCGCUGCGGAAGCUCAGCUCUAACCGCGUUCCGCAGGUUUCUGCCCCGUGUCGGCCCUGAAGGGCUGCUGCCUAGACUGCUUCCGGCGCCCAGAAGCUGCGCCCCCGCCGGAGCGGAGAGCGAGCUGGAGCGCGAAGCGGGCGCCUAAAGGAAGCCCGAGCAUCCCCGGGCCUGCGCCUCUGGCUGGGAGACGGGCGGGCGGAGAGCAGCCGAGCCUGCUUUCCUCGCCGGGGCCGCCUGCCAGACGCUCGGUCCUUAGUAACACACCGACAGGGCCAGCAGUACGAGCUGGUGUUCUGUGCAUGCGUGCUCAUAAGUAAACCUCCCAGCAGCCCUGGAAGCAAAAUUCUGCGGCAUCUCUGGAAUACUACCUGAGAAUUUUUGGGUGCCAUGUCGAAGAAACGCAAAUGGGAUGACGACUAUGUUCGUUACUGGUUCACCUGUACAACGGAGGUUGAUGGAACUCAGCGCCCACAAUGUGUAUUGUGUAACUCGAUAUUCUCAAAUGCUGACCUCAGACCAUCGAAACUGUCUGACCAUUUUAACAGGCAGCAUGGUGGUGUAGGUGGGCAUGAUCUCAAUAGCCUGAAGCAUAUGCCAGCACAUUCUGAUCAGAACGAAACCUUGAAAGCAUUUGGAGUUGCAUCUCAUGAGGAUGCCUUGUUACAAGCGUCAUAUCAGUUUGCUUAUUUAUGUGCCAAGGAGAAGAAUCCUCAUACAAUAGCUGAAAAAUUAGUGAAACCUUGUGCAUUAGAAAUAGCACAAAUAGUUCUGGGACCAGAUGCACAAAAGAAGCUUCAGCAGGUACCCUUAUCAGAUGAUGUGAUCCAUUCUAGAAUUGAUGAAAUGAGCCAGGAUAUCUUACAGCAAGUUCUGGAAGAUAUCAAAGCCAGUCCUCUUAAAGUGGGUGUUCAGCUUGCUGAGACAACUGACAUGGAUGACUGCAGUCAGCUAAUGGCAUUUGUGCGAUACGUAAAAGAGAGAGAGAUCAUAGAAGAAUUCCUGUUCUGUGAACCUUUGCAGUUAACAAUGAAAGGAAUAGAUGUGUUCAAUCUCUUCAGAGACUUCUUUUGGAAGCAUAAGAUAGCACUUGAUGUGUGUGGCUCUGUUUGUACUGAUGGUGCCUCCUCUAUGCUAGGAGAAAAUUCAGAAUUUGUUGCUUGUGUGAAAAAAGAAGUACCUCAUAUCGUGAUCACGCAUUGUUUGUUAAACCCUCAUGAACUUGUCGCAAAGACAUUGCCUGCAAAACUGAGGGAUGCUCUGUUUACUGUGGUGAGGGUAGUAAAUUUCAUCAAAGGGCGAGCUCCAAAUCAUCGCGUGUUUCAGGCUUUUUUUGAAGAAAUUGGAAUAGAGUAUAGUGUCCUCCUUUUCCAUACUGAAAUGCGGUGGCUUUCUCGAGGCCAAAUACUUACUCAUGUCUUUGAAAUGUAUGAAGAAAUAGAUCAGUUUCUUCACCACCAAAGCAGUAAUUUAGUUGAUGGCUUUGAAAAUAAAGAGUUUAAAAUUCACCUAGCAUACCUUGCAGAUUUAUUCAAACACCUAAACGAACUUAGCGCGUCUAUGCAAAGGACUGGGAUGAACACGGUGUCAGCCAGAGAGAAGUUAUCUGCUUUUGUUAGAAAGUUUCCGUUUUGGCUAAAGCGAAUUGAGAAAAGAAAUUUUACCAACUUUCCCUUUCUGGAAGAAAUAAUCGUUUCAGAUAAUGAAGCAGUAUGCAUUGCCACUGACAUAACACUGCAUCUGCAACAGUUGAGCAACUUCUUCCACGGCUAUUUUUCCAUUGGAGACCUUGAUGAGGCCAGUAAAUGGAUACUGGAUCCAUUUCUUUUUAAUCUGGAUUUUGUCGAUGAUGGUUAUUUAAUGAAAAAUGAUCUUGCUGAAUUACGAGCUAGUGGCCAAAUCCUGAUGGAAUUUGAGACAAUGAAGCUUGAGGAUUUCUGGUGUGCUCAAUUCACAGCGUUUCCAAACCUGGCAAAGACAGCUCUAGAAAUCCUUAUACCGUUUGCAACUACCUACCUUUGUGAAUUGGGAUUUUCAUCACUUUUACAUUUUAAAACAAAGUCCAGGAGCUGCUUUAAUAUGAGUGAUGACAUCCGUGUGGCUAUUUCAAAAAAAGUUCCUCGUUUCUCAGACAUCAUUGAACAGAAGCUACAGCUACAGCAGAAGUCACUGUAAGCUGGUAAACUUUUUUAAUGUAUGAUUUCUAAUAUAUUCUUAAUUCCACUGUAAAAUUAAGCUAUAAUUCUGUCUCUUUCCUUUUAUAUUUAUGGUAUACCAAAUCCAAUGUUUACAAAUUGAAUAUCUUUGACUUCAUUAAUGAGGCAUGUGAAAAUAUAUUUUGAGGAUGAGAACACAAGCAGCAGAAAAGAUUAAGUACCCGUCACUGCCUAGUUGAUCCAUAGGGUUUUUCUAAUUUUAUGUGUCUGUCUAACCUCUUGAUGCAAUACAUGAAAAAGACACCCAACACUAGAAUAUCCAGCUAAAUAGUACAGUAGGCUAGGAAUGGAGCCAAGAGAAAAAAGAAGACCUCCCACAGCUGGCAUCUUCGUGUGAAGGGUAAAAGUCAAAGGACAAAAUGGCAGAGAGUCCUCUCAUCUCUGUGCAGGCUGUCAUGGGGAGGUUAGUGAAAUCAGAAGAGGAUCAUGAAAUGUUAUAGUGAGAGAAGGGAUGAUUCUAGUUUAUAUAAGAUUUAUUUUUAAAUGCGUUCUUUGGAGUCACUCUCACACUGUCCAUCCCCCUAGCUCCCGUGCUCUGAAUGCCAUGACGUUAAUAAACAUCCUCAUACCUUAUCAUCACUCGUCUUCCUUUAAAUUACAUGAGGACUCCAAGUCACCGAGGCUGCUAAAAAGGAGGUUCCAGAGCCGCCUCCUAGAGAUUCCGAUUUAGCAAGUCUGGGAGAAGAUCACAGAUCUUCAUUCUUAACUACCUUUCCAGAUGGUUCUGAUGGAUUCUUUGGUCCUCUGGCCUCCUCUUAUUUUCCUACACCCCAGCUUCCUCACCUGUUUUACAUUUUAUUCUGUAUGUAUUUUUCCAAAAUAGUUCAAAACUUUUGAAUGGACCAGAAUAUAAAUAAUAAACAAAUUGACAAGAAAUUACUAGAGUAAGUCAGGGUCAUCAAAAAAUUCCCCAUGGGCAUCUAAAGGAAUAUUCUUUUUCUAGAUGAUAAUUUGACAAAGUAUUUUCUAAUUUAAAUAAGCUUACAUUUUUGUUUCAAAACUUGAAUUUUUUAUCAAAGUACUAAAUGCUCAAUGCUGAAGAAAGAAAUGAGUCUGCGGGGCCCAGCCUGGUGGCACAGUGGUUAAGUUCGCAAAUUCUGCUUCAGUG